AUGAAUUCCUCGGCUCCUGAGUCCAAUGUGUCGACCAGUCUGACCUAUCGAGACUCAUCAAGCACGGCUGUGAUCAAAAAUGUGAUCGUUGUGGCUCUUGGUCUUACAAUCAGUUAUAUCAACGGCACGCUGAUUCACACCUUUAGAAAACACCAGGUAUUUUAUGUGAAUCCUCGUUACAUCCUGUUCAUCCACAUGGUGGUAAACGACAUGAUCCAGCUCACUACAACAAUCAGUCUGUUUGUCUUUAGUUAUGUCUUCUACAAAAUCCACGCUUCCAUCUGCUGCCUUAUUAUUACCUUUGCUGUCUUCACUACCUUCAACACUCCAUUAAAUUUAGCCGCCAUGGCAGUUGAGUGCUACAUUGCUAUUUGUUUCCCACUGCGACAUGCUGAGCUCUGCACCAUCAGAAGUACAUAUGUCCUGAUAGGGUGGAUUUGGGUUAUGGCUGCAGUCACAGCUCUGCCAGACGUCUUUAUCACUCUGGCAACAGAGCCUGUACGCUUAUUUCAUUCCACAAUAUUUUGCGAAAGGAAUAACCUCUUCCGACACCCAGUAAGUCUUAAAAAGAGGGACGUUUCUUAUACAGUGUGCCUGAUUGGUGUUUGGCUCACCCUCUUCUUCAUCUACUUCAGGAUCUUCUUUGCUGCCAAAUCAGCUAAAACAGCAAAGCCAGCAGGAGGAGACACAAAGAAGGCCAGGAACACGAUCCUGCUUCACGGCUUUCAGCUGCUGCUGUGUAUGUUAACCUACAUGGCUCAUGAGAUCAGAAAGGGUUUGGUGUCCUGGUUCCCUCAGCAUUAUGUGCAAGUACUCUUUGUUUGCUAUAUCAUCAUCCAGAUUCUCCCCAGGCUGAUCAGUCCAAUAGUGUACGGGCUACGAGAUAAGACAUUUAAAGAGUAUUUGAAAAAGUAUCUGCUGUUGCUCUGUAACGUCUGCCUGACGCAGAAGUUCAAACAGGUAGUGUCCAGGGUGUGA